AUGGCAACGAUAACUAGCCAUUUUGGCUUGGGGGUAGAAUAUGGUAGUAAAAAGCGGGAAAGACAGCAUUGCUUCAAUAUUCUCAGCAGGAUGCCAAAGUGUUGUUGUGUUGAAAACUGUACAAAUAAUAAGAGGAAUAGGCAAGAUUUAAAUUAUUAUAUUAUUCCAAAAGAGGAAAAACGUCGAAGACUAUGGCUAAAUGCGAUAAGUCGUGCACAAGUUGAUGAAUCUGGAAAAGUUCUUGACAAAACAUGGUCACCCAAAUCACUACAUAAUUUUGUUUGUUCUCAACAUUUUGCAACUGGAAAGAAAGAGAAACAUCCUGAUUAUAUUCCUUCUGUUUUCCCUGGGAGAACUAAAGACAACUCUUCAGAAAUGGGUAAAAUGGAUCGCGUCAACAGAAGAAUUAACAGGGCUCUGAGUAAAGAAUACCGAUUCAAGUACCAAUGUAUCCAGUUCGUUGGUAGAGGAAGAAAGGACUCCAUUGUAUAUGGAGACGUUAAUCUUCGUAAUGAAAGAGAUAUCUUGCGGGCUGAAUUAAAUCUUAAAACUACGGCAUUAUCCUAUGAAGGAUUAAGGAACAAUAAAGACAAGAGUAUUAAACUAACUGGCUUGGAGUUCAAUAUACUUGAUAAAAUAAUUUCCUACUUAAAAAAAUUCAGCAUUGAAGUUAGUCGUAGUCCUUCCUUGAACGUUGAAGAUCAGAUAUUGUUAACGAUCAUCAAACUUAAACAAAACCCAAACUUCGAAUUCUUGGCAUAUAUUAAAAAUAUAGCUACAACAACAUGCAUUGAGUGUUUUUGGAAAUGGGUUAACAUAAUGUACUAUAAACUGAAAUUUCUUAUUCGGAUGUCAGACAGGGAGAAAAUAUUCCAAACAAUUCCAGCAGUUUUUAAGCAAAAAUUUCCAAGGCUAACAAGCAUUAUAGACUGCUUUAAAAUAUUUAUUGAGGCACCAAGCAAUUUUUUAGCAAGGGGACAAUGCUACAGUCAAUACAAAAAACACUGUACAAUCAAAGUAUUUAUUUCCGUCACACCGGUUUGCGCAGCAUUGUGUAACUUAAGUGAGAAGCAUAGUUCAUAG